CACGGUUCUCUUUGUGAUGAAUAUAGCUGUACGUCUCUCAAGCCAACGUAGAUGUAGAUCGUAUGAUGUCCACAGUAAUGAACGUCAUACUACUUGGUGUUUAGGUACCUAAAGUCGUCACAACCUUAACGAACAGGGCUGUACAAAACUAGGGUAAAUAACUCACGUUUUGAGGUUUGUAUCCGAGGUGUCUUGCUGAAUCGAGUCGAUUUCGAGCCUCCCAUUUAGGCAUGCAAACUGGGCAGAGCUAAAAUAAGUUAUCGUGUCACUGAAUGUUCAGUAGGAGGAUAAGUGAUUAAAGCUCGGCUCAGUCAUUUCUGACGAUCACCAGAAGUGGGAGUGUAACUGCCCUAAGUGUAGACGGUUACGAGUUCAGGGAGUUUGCAUAUAAUAAUCUUAGAACUCAGAAGAGUGAGAGGAAGAGUCGGGAUGGCUGACUCACCGAAGGAAGGAAAGUCUUCGUCUCAGGCUCCAGUCGCGGGUGCGGCUGAUGGUGAACCUGUUUUGAAGAAGCCGCCUGUGUUGGAGAAACGGAGAGAUUCUGAAAUGUCUCGAGACAAACAACGCAGUUUCUCCCGCAGCGAGGUGGAGGACACUAUUAAACGAAUAGCAUCACAUCGAGGAAUCGUUGGGACAGUCAUUGUUGACAAGCAUUGUGUGCCCCUCAGGAGCUCCAUGGAUAAAGCCAGUACUCAUCAGUAUGCGGCCUUCAUUACACCGUUGAUACAUCGAGCCCAUAUGAUUUGUCUCAAUCAUGAUAAAAUGAAUCCGAUGACGAUGUUCCGGAUCCGGACCACCACAACAGAGAUCAUUAUAACGCCUGGCGAUGAACAUUACCUCAUAACAGUUCAAAAGAUUUCCCACGCCGCUGAUGCGAUAUAACCCUCUAAUACAAACCGAAAGAGGUUUGUGAUCCUCUUCUCAUGGUGUAGUUGCUGAUAUCUAAUCACUGUUCGUUAUAAGGAGAUUAGAAGUUUGGAUCAUUUAGUUCCACCAGUUAUAUCAUGUUCUAACCUUCGUCUUUCAAAUCGUAAAAAGCUCUUUCCAAUACAUGGUUAAUCCGUACGCAACAAAAACCCACACGCUCACAUUAGAUCAUUCGUUUCCGUGAUGAUGUUACAGCCAUCCUGCGAUGCCGCAUGUAUAAUCUUUAAAGAGCAUGGGAUUUGUUAAAAGAACAUUUUAGCCAGAAUCUCUAAAAUCUUUGCACCUCGUCUGUACUCGAAACCUUCGAGAUGUCGUGCUGUAGAUCGUUUUUAUUAGCAUAAAUCUUUAGGGUAUAAAUGUCGGUAGUCUGAGAUAUUCGGUAAGAGAGGAGUCCCAAAACGCUCUAUCGAUUCUGCUUGUUUAUUCCUCCAGCUACGGCUUGUCAUGAGCAAUGCCUGCUCUGUGAACCAAAGUCAAUUCAAUCUGCGGUCCCCAACAUGGAGAAAGCAACGCUCCUCGUGAGGAACAAUUGGCCAUUAUAAGCCAAGGUAUCACCCGUUGUCAGAACUGCAAUUCUACAUCCUGGGGGCAUGUUCUAUUACAGGUUGCCUCACAGGAUAAUAUUUCUUCAAAACCAUCGUGCCUUUUUGCUACAAGGCUCACCACCCAAAUCACAGCAACGACGACCUCUGUACAAGAAGAUUGAUGUUGGAUCUGAUUUAGUCUGCGUCAGAGAGAUGCAUGAGAGGAGCCAUAGGACGCGAGCUAUUUUCAACAGUCAACCGGCACCUCACCAUUCGAUUUUGGUUAUUGCCUCUCGAGAAAUCAGAAGUUCCUGAAAUCAGUGAGUUGAGGUUCACCAGAAACUUUUGAGGGAUGCAGUCCUCGUGGGUCGCUACACAUACUGUCAAUGGUUCAUUGUGACCAAUUGAAAGCUCUACCGUGAGGUUUUUUUGAUAAUAAACACAGACACCAAUAUACGAGUGAAUUAAUAUAACUUUUCUUAAUAUUCAUAGAAAUCUCCCCCCUGCAUGAGUGCUUUCCAGGUGUCUUUAAUAGUGGUUUGCCACCUUUGUCUCCGGAGUAUGCAAAGAAUAAUGUAUCAUUCGUUUAUUUUACUCAAUACAACAAAGGCACCCUUCAAUUCGGUCA